CGGUUCCUCUGACGGCGCAGACCGUUGGUCGCACAACCCAUCGGUUGACGCAGCCAAAGGGGCAACGUGCAGCGCGCCAAGUAGGCGGCACACGCCUCCUCGUUGCAGCGGGCUGCGCCCGAGCCGUGUUUGCCGCACGGGCUGGUGGCUGGGCCCAGGCGGCGAGCCGCAUGUCGUGCCAAACGCAAGGAGCACCCGUCAGGGGUCGUCGGAUCUGCCGUUGUGUAAGGAGGAGCCGUCUCUGGUGCUUUAUUUCUUGGUCAUGUGGCUCGUCAUAACCGUGGCCCUCAUGAACCUGGUUCUCCGACGCAGAAGUAUGUGUAUAUAUAUAUAUAUAUAUAUACAGACAUGCUCCCAUAGAUUGAGCCUGGGCCUCAGGGGAGGGUGGCGGUCUAUAAGUCACAGCUGGGAGUCACCGCCACCCUCCCUGAAGGCACAUGCAAAGUUCGUUGGAGGGCGUCUGUGUAUACAUUUUCGUGGCGUAGGUUACCGCUGUCAUCCAGUUAACGCCAUGGCAAAUGGCAGGGAGGAUGCUGAGGAGAUGCAGAUCCAUUUGCGAAGGAAAUUGAGGAAGAUCCUCCCUGAGAUCGAUGAAGUAUUCGACGGGCUUGACACCAACGGCAACAACGCCCUGGAAAUAGAAGAAUUAAUACAGGCGGCCGAAGACGGGGUGUUGACCUUCCCAGAAGACAUCAAGUCUUACGUCGACCCGUCCAAGCUUCUUGACAUAUUCGAUUUCCUGGACGCCAACCAGUCUGGAGUGAUCGAGAGGCAGGAGUUCUUUGAGGGCAUUUGCCACCUCGUGGUGUCCUCCGUGCCCCUGGAGACGACGCAGAUCCUUCAGCUGGUGCGGAAGAGUCACGACAUGCUCUCGGAUCUGUCCAGAGCUUUCUUGAACAGCAGUGUUGCCCGGACGAAUCCACCGGGAUCAACCAUAGACUGCUUGUGAUGUUUUGAGGGUUGGCGCCCCAGGGGUGCCUGCAGGAAGAGGACGAAUGACAGGGCAGCGUUCGGGUUGGACAGGCUCAGGGGCAGCAUCGGCCUCCAGUCACCCACUCGCUGCAGUGCUUGCCCGGCCCCGCUCACUCGGGGAGCGCAGCGGGCACAGCGCGGCAAGUUCCUCGUGCUCAGGCGCGGUAAGUCUCCUUG